AUUUCCUUUUUUUUAAUGUAAAACAAAAAAAAGCCUUGAACGUAGACUGAGAGAAAAUUAUUUUGUGCUAAUAGUAAAGUGUGAACUUGAUUGGGUUUGCAGUUGUCGGUCUCGUUUUUAUGUUUUCCUGCAUAGUUGUUGUUGUUUUAACACUGUGCUUCUCAGCGUUUUUUUUUCCAAAUGGAGUGUGAUACUCUUCGAUGUUAGUGUGUUUUAUUGUUAUUAAUUUAGUGCCAUAUAAAAAGAAUUUAACUUUAGAGAAUGCGUAAGAAACAUUAUUUGCAAAAUAAAUUAGUUAAUUAAUAUAUUUGUUUUGUAAAAGAAGCGAAUCCUCCGAUAAUUGUUUAACACGCUAUAAAUAAUAUCGAAUUUUGAGCGAAGAAAAAACGUCUUCAAAUUUUAUAUGUAUUGAACUGAAAAAGAGCGUGCAAACACCGUCUAUCGAUAUGAAUGGUUACAAUCGCAAAAGUCCUUCUAAGAGACGUUAUGAAGGUUCAAAAUAUUCAUCUACCCCCAAAAAAAAGGCUCGAGCUAGCAAAGAACGCAUACCGCAACCCAAGAAUACGGUCGCAAUGUUGAAUGAAUUGCGGCACGGUCUUGUUUAUAAAUUGGAAUCGCAAACGGGUCCGGUGCAUGCACCACUUUUUACAAUAUCUGUUGAGGUUGACGGCCAGAAAUACAUUGGACAGGGACGUAGUAAAAAGAUCGCUCGGAUCGAGGCGGCCGCUACUGCAUUACGCAGUUUUAUACAAUUUAAAGAUGGUGCUGUAUUGACUCCGUUGAAACCGGCUUGCAAUUUAGACUUCACAAGUGAUGAGCAUCUGGAUAACGGUAAAGGUGUUAAUAGUGUUGACGCAUUAAACCAUUCUCAAUUGGUUGAGAUUAUUGAGAAAAUUGUGAAGCAUGCUAAACUUUCAUCCUUAACCCCAAACGCUUCCCCAUUUGCGAAUAUUAUCUCUCCAAAUUCCAAUAAGAGUGCCAUUAGCGGCGACGGACAGAAGAAGGUGCCAGACAAGGGUCCUGUUAUGCUGCUGUAUGAAUUAUUCAAUGAUGUUCAUUUCGAUUGUUCGACUGUAGAUGGUGCUCAAAAUAAUUGUCGUUUUAAAAUGACUGUGACUGUAAACAACAAUAAAUUUGAUGGCACAGGUCCUUCAAAGAAGUUAGCCAAAAAUGCAGCAGCUAAAGCAGCUUUAGCUUCGCUUUGCAAUAUCUCAUACAGUCCCAUGAUGCACCCACAAAAAGCUUUGCCUUUGCCCUUAGAUGAUAAAACUACUUCUAUGGAACUACCACAAAUUCAUGCUGACAUUAUUGGCCGUUUAGUAUUGGAAAAGUUUAUGGAGGUCAUUAAAGGUCAAGAAUCAUAUUCGAGACGCAAAGUGCUAGCCGGCAUUGUAAUGACCGAAAACAUGAAUUUUAGUGAAGCAAAAGUUAUAUCAGUAUCCACCGGUACAAAAUGUGUUAGUGGAGAACAUAUGAGCAUCAACGGCACCGUUUUGAACGAUUCUCAUGCCGAAAUUGUGUCACGUCGCUGUCUUAUGAAAUAUUUAUAUGCUCAAUUAGACCUUCAAUGCAAUCAGACAACAGCAAAUCAGUCGAUUUUCGUGAGGAACCAAGAAAAUGCGCAAUACCCGUACAAACUGAAAACCGGUGUACAUUUUCAUCUGUAUAUUAAUACAGCGCCUUGUGGGGAUGCUCGCAUUUUUAGUCCCCACGAAAAUGACUCUGGUAUUGAUAAGCAUCCAAAUAGAAAAGCACGGGGUCAAUUGCGUACAAAGAUUGAAUCCGGCGAAGGUACUAUACCAGUAAAGAGUAGUGAUGGUAUACAGACAUGGGAUGGCGUGCUAGAGGGUCAACGUUUACUUACCAUGUCUUGCUCGGAUAAGAUCGCACGCUGGAAUAUUGUUGGCAUACAAGGAUCUUUAUUGGCUUCAAUUGUUGAGCCAAUUUACUUGCAUUCCAUUGUGCUUGGCAGUCUUCUACAUCCGGAGCACAUGUAUCGUGCUGUUUGUGGACGCAUUGAAAAGUCGAUACAAGGUCUUCCUCCGCCCUAUCAUUUAAAUAAGCCUCGUUUGGCACAAGUAACCUCAUCAGAGCCCCGUAAUCAGGCGAAAGCUCCGAAUUUCGGUAUUAAUUGGACGUUGGGCGACACCGAAGUGGAAGUGGUUAACUCAUUAACCGGAAAAACGGUUAAUAAUCAAAUCUCACGUAUUACCAAACAAAUGUUUUACCGUAAAUAUGGAAAUUUAAUGAAAAAUCUGCCAGGCAUUAACGAACGGAAACUAACAACUGAUUACGGACAAACCAAAGCCAAAAUUAAGGACUAUCAGAUUGCUAAACGCGAACUGUUUGCGGCGUUCAGACGUGAAGAUCUGGGCAAUUGGUUAAAGAAACCGCAAGAACAAGACGAAUUUGCGCUUCCAGAAUGA